ACAAUAGUCAAUACCGUAUUACCCAAAACUUGAAAGUUUUAAAGAAAAUUGAACAUUGAACUUUAAGUUUUAAAAAUAUAAUUACAAAAGGUUUUAAUAAAUAAUAUUGGUUUAAAAUAAACAUUAUCCAUACUGAUAUCCCAUAAUGUCAAAACUUGCAGAAAUAAGACUUUUAUACGAGACUAAAGUAAACAAGAUAGUUCCACAUCCAAUUUUUGAUUCUCGAGAUUUGCCUAAAGUUAAAAGUGAUAUUUAUUUAUACCGGGUCUUAGAACACAGUCAAAAUAAUGUACAACAAGCCGCCGAUAUGCUGUACAACAUAAUGGAAUGGAGAAAAACCAAUAAUGUUAAUGAUAUAAGUGAAUCUAAUGUUGAUUUAGAUAUUCUGAAAGAUGGCUUAUACUUCACUCGUGGACGAGAUAUAGACAGCUGCUUACUUUUUAUUAUGAAUUCCAAAGCUUAUAUUAAAAAUCACAGGGACCUUGAAGCAGUGAAAAAAGUUUUUAUAUAUUGGCUAGAACGCCUUGAAAGGGAAGAGGGUGGGAAGAAAGUCACGUUAUUUUUUGAUAUGGAUGGAUGUGGCAUAAAUAAUAUGAACUUAAACUUAUUUAGCUACAUGAUUAAUGUUCUUAAAUGUUACUAUCCAAAUUUUAUUAACUAUAUAAUAAUUUUCCAAAUGCCGUGGAUAUUAUCUGCAGGCUUUAGAAUUGUUAAGGAGAUGUUGCCAGCACCUGCUAUUGAAAGAUUGAGAAUAAUAAACAAGGAUAAAUUAAAAGAUUUAAUUGCUCCUGAACAGGCCUUAGUAAGUUGGGGUGGAAAGGAUAACUAUAAAUUUGAAUUUGUGCCUGAAAAUCGAAAUAUUGAUACAGUCAUUAUUGAGGAUGAUGAUAAUUAUUCUCUUGGUGAAAUGUUAAGAAUAAAACCGCCUAAAGUUUUGCUAUUUGAAACUAUAGGUCACAAAAUUUCAUCACAACUUAUAAUAACAAAUAUGGAGGAGGGUAUUAUUGCAUUUAAAAUACGUACUACAGCCCCAGAAAGAUACACAGUCCGUCCGAACCAAGGCAUUUUACCUAAACGUAUUUCUAAGAGUAUAGAUAUUAUAGUUCUACCAGGGUUUGACUUAAGUUCAGUAGAGAAAGAUAGAUUUUUAAUUUUAUCAGUUAAUGUGCCAAAAUUGGAUAUGCCACAAACAGAAUUGAGACAAAUUUGGAAAAGUGCUGGAAGCAGCAUUGAUGAAUACAGGCUUACUUGUGCUGUGAAAGUACAAAACAUGAGUGUUAAGAAUGUUGAAACAAAUUCAUUAAAUGAAAUAAAAAGAAGCAUGGAUAAUGAGUAUAAUAGGAUUCAAAAUAAUCUUAACUCAUUUAAUAGAUAUCAAAUUCUUAUUAUGAUUAUAAUGUCAGUUUCAAUAUUUAUUCAUAUUAUUAUCUGGAUGAAUAUUGGCAAAAAAUGUACUAGACCGUAGAUAAGGAUAAUAACCGUAAAGGACUGUAAUUAAGGACAAGGAAAUAUUAUGUAAAGCAUUUUAAAAAUGUAAACUAAAAUUAUACAAAAUCACCAAGUGAUGUAAAAUAUUCUGUGAUAGGCAAUUGUAAAUUGGUUUUAAAUUUGAUUAUCUGUAAUAUAGGAAAAAUAUAAUAUUUUAAAUUAAAAUCUAUUAGGUGAAGAAAUAUUAAGAACAAACUAUUUUCCUACCACUGAGACAAUGUGAUAGUAUACUUAUUUAUUAAUAAGAAAUCGGGCAUUUAUUAUGAAACUUGUCUUUAGAUAAUUGUUAAGGACAUAUUGUUGUGUAAAAAAACAGCUGGUACAGGGUAGUUUUUUAAAUACAUUUUUAUAAUAUU